AUGUCGUCCACGCCGCAUUGCACGCCGUCGACUAACGCCGCGACGCGGCGAGCUCGCGCAAACCCCAGUCCCGGCGGCGGCGGGAGUCGGCAUUGGCUGGUCCGCGGCGCGGCGUUGCCGCUGAAUCCGGGAAGUUUCUUGGAGAUUCAGCUCAGCACUGCCGCCAGCUGUGACGGCGCUUACUGCGGCCGCGCCACCACCUGUGGCGCCACCACCUGUGGCGCCACUACGUCACAUCAGGAUGGCGCCACGAGCUGGAGCCCCACGACCACUCUCCACUUCCGCGCCUCCCCUUCCGCUUCCCCUUCCGCCUCCUCUUCCGCCUCCCCUUCCGCCUCCCCUUCCGCCUCCCCUUUCGCCUCCCUUACCCCCUCCCCUUCCGCCCUCCCUUCCGCCUCCCCUUCCGCAUUCCCUUCUGCGGAAGGAAUUUCCGCCUCUCCUUUCGCCUCCGCAUGCCUGAUGUCUCGUUUCGCCGCCGACCCCAUUCCCUGCCCGUCCAACUCCAUGCGAUUCAGCGCCAACGGGGAGCCGCUCCCCGCAUUUCCCUGCGAGUCUUCUGUUGAGAGCGGAGCUGCUACUAGUGGAACUACCGCGGCAGCUGAUGUGGCGCUCAAGGAUUGGGUGAAGGAAGCGACGUCAAUGGUUCAAAACACUGCCGCCGCACCAAGGGUGGUGGGGCGGAAGCAGCGGCAGCGGCUGAUGCAGCAGUGGUUCGAUGAUGCUCCUCAGAAGCUCGUAUCGCCCGCAUUCCCUCAAGUCAGCCGUGCAAGCCAAGUCAACCAAGUCAACGGAGUCAACGCAAUCGACGCAAGCGCUGCUGACGUGGAAGCAGUGCGCAAUGAGAACCGAGCCGCGGCGCGUUCACAUCAGAUGGCCAGCUUGAAGCUCUACGGCAUGGGCUACUCGCCCUUCGUCCGCCGCGUCUUGCUCACGCUGCACGAACUCGGCAUUGAGGGCUACGAGUGGGAGUUUGUCGACGGCACCAAGGGCGAAUCGCGCACGCCCGCGUUUCUCGCCAAGCAGCCCUUCGGGAAGCUGCCUCUUCUCGAAGACGACGGCGAGCGCAUCUGGGAGUCUCGAGCCAUCAUGCGGUACCUCGCCGACAAGUACGGCGCGGAACGCGGAGUCAGCCUGCUGGGAAAUGACGCGUUGGAGCGAGGCCGCGUGAACCAGUGGAUCGAGACGGAGGUCAACGCUUUCUCGCCCGAGGCGAUCGCGAUCGCGUUUGAACGAGUUUUUAAGAGGUUUCAGAAGAUUGGCGAGCCUGACGAGGAGAAGGUUGAUGCGGCGACGAACAAGCUGGAGAAGAUCCUCGAUAUUUACGAAACGCAUCUCGAUGGGCGGGAGUAUCUGGUGGGCGACUCGUUCACUCUCGCAAGUUUGACACAUCUGCCAGUCAUUGAGCUUCUUCAGGCGGCGGGAGUUGGGAAUUUGUUUGAGUCCCGCCCUAAUCUGAAAACGUGGCUGAGCCGCGUGUUCGCCCGCUCGGUCUGGAAGAAGAUGAAUGAGAUCGCGCCGCUUCCCACACUUUGA